AUGGUACAGGGUACAUCCAACAGCUGGUUUCUGCUUCUGGUUUCUGCUUCUGGUUUCUGCUUCUGGUUUGCCUUCCGCCAGCCCCAGACCCCUGGCCUGGGCCGCGGGCUGGCUGGCACCCGGAGCGCGGCCCAAAUCGACGCCGACGUGGCCGGAUUUGUCCACUGGCAGGUGGCUGCCGACAGCGCAGGUGGUGACGGCAAGGCCUGA